AUGAAGAAGAAGUGGCUUCACGCGAUACCUUACCCUUACCCUCGUUCGUGCUUGUCUGGAAUACGCCUGCAGCGUGUGGGACCCACAUACUCAAAAACAUUGCCACGAUAUUGCAGGAGUACAGCGGCGAGCCGCCACAUUUGUAAAAGAACUGCUACGAGCGAGAAUCCGGUACACUCACUAAUCUCUUGAAGGAUUUGAACUAGACCUCACGAGAACUGAGGCGCAAAAUUGCACGACUCACCACCAUGUACAAAAUAGUGAACAAUAAAAUCAGGGUCAAUAUUCCGGAAUACAUUGAACACCCAACCCGUGUUCACACCCUCUUACCACAGCAGCAAGUUUAUAAACAUUGGUAGUAGCAGCAAUACCUAUAAGUACAUUUUUUUUUCUAGAACUCUGAAAGAAUGGAACAGUUUACCGCCUUUUUUAUUAGAUCAGACUUCCGUGGAGGCAUUUAAAUCUGCUCUCACUAAUUAUAUGCAUCAUUUCAUUUUACUGUCUAUUUAUGAUUAUUAUUAUUUUUAUCAAUUUAUUUGUUUUUUGUUUGUUUGUUUUUGCACAUCCACAGUGAUGGGAAACCUUUGUGAAUUAUAACAUAUAAAUAAAGAAAUAAAGAAGAGAUGAGGGAAAACACUCCAAUGUGUCCCAGCAUACAAAGGCAUUGCUCUCUUGAUUUCAGACACAGGGUGAUGUAGUAAAAACACCAGCUGGCAAAAAUAACUUGAAAGCUCGUGAGUAUUUCCUUGGGUUCGAACCUCGCCACGUAAUUAAGAGAAAGGAGCCGACUGUACGGAACUUAUAGAUACUGCAGUUUCAAGCAGCUUGACUUGCCGAAAAUUGGAAUGUUCAGAUGUGAUUAUAGACGAAGUAGCGAGCGAAAUGCCAGUAAGUACUAGUAUGUCAGAUAUUGAAUCAAAUGUUGGCCCAUAAACUAAAGAUGUCAUGACACAAAACGUAUUCACAGACCACGAGCUUUACAUGUCGGAAAGGAUUCAAGAAAUGGAACAGGAAAUUAAAGAACUAACGCGUAAAUGAGAAGAAAUCCAAUGGGAAAAUGACGCACUUAUUAAGAGAUUGUUCACACUUGAAAACUUGAAAUCGAAGGAAACUGCUGCUGCUUUGUAUUCUGGUUUUUCCAACUGGGACACAUUCAUGGCUGUUUACAAAUAUCUUGAUCCUGGAGAUAGGGAACAGAACAUCUCCUACUGGCGUUCGUUAGAUGCAGACAUCUCAGCUGAUCUCAGUACCGUUGAAACGGAGGAGCCACUAGCUAAAACAGGGAGAACUAGACCUUUAAAUCUUGGGGGA